AUGACACCCAACGAAGUCUAUCUACGCAAGGCGGAGGAGAUUGGUCGGAUCUUAUCGGAGCCGGAGGUCGAUCUCUGGAAAUUACGCGAGUUUGCGCUGAGUGAAGGAGGGCUCGUAAAUGACUCAAUCCGUCGUCGCGCUUGGCCCAAACUGUUGGGGCUGGAUGGGGAUUCGACUUUCGUUUCACCUCCUCCGUCUCCGCCCCAGCGUUUCAGCAAUGCGAGGAAUCCGCAGUCGCCACAAGGCCCCCCGCCAACUGUACAAGAGCGCCGUCCAUCCACUCCACCAUUAGCUCCCUUCUAUGAUCCUUUCGAAACGGAUCCAUCACUCAGCAGCAAUUCAAUCUCACCAAUGAAGGAAUUCAAUCCGAGGAGUACUAACUCUAUUCGCUUGCCUCCGGUAAUGGCCCUUUCCGUGGACAGCCCACAAGUGGAAAUGGACGUAUCGCGCUGCAUUUGGCAUCUACUCACUGGGAGCGAACGAGCUCAGCGUAUUGGGAUGGAUUAUCGGCCACAAACAAGCGUGACACAUGUGAUUCGGACUAAACAACGUCGCUUGGCCAACUUGAUAAACCACGUCCUAGUCCGAUCAUCUGAGGUACCCCAACCCGAAGCAUUGCGCUACUAUCAGGGUUACCACGAUGUGGCCUGUGUCUUGUUGUCGGUCUUGGAUCGUAGGAGAAACACCUUUGUUUCCGCGGGACACGGUGCUUCGAUCGAAAACAUGGCGAAUAAUAUGGGCUUGGAACGUGCUUCCUCCGUGCUUUUGAGAUUGUCGCGAUCUCAUUUUCAUAUCUUCAUGAAAAGUUCUUUCGUUCAGCUCAAGACGGUCCUUGAUCUGUCCAUUUUCCCACUGAUCGCCUUUUUCGAUGCCGACGUGCACGCACACUUGUACACGGGCGACAUGCAACCCACGUUUUGUCUAUCCUGGGUAAUCACGUGGUUUGCGCACGAAAUCCGAGAUACCAAUCUCGUAAAGCGAAUCUUUGACGUCUUUCUGGUAUCCCAUCCGUUAUUGCCACUCUACGUGUCCGUCGCCAUGGUACUACACCCGCACAACCGUCGCGAAAUUUUGCAAACAGAAUGCGAUUUUUGUCAAUUGCACCAAGUGGUCGCGAAUUUGCCCAAACAUUGCAGUACGGUCGGAUGGGAGCCCCAGCCCGCCAUGGGCUACGUGUCUAAUUAUGAAAGCACAACCGACGAGCCACUCUCCACUUUCAGGAACGAUACCAACGAAAUUGUAGUAGAUUCUGUCGGGAGCUCCUACAAUGGCGAGGCACUGUUUGAAUUGGAAAACACAACUUUUUCGAUUGGGUGUAGUUCCAUUGAGCCAGACACCAAGGUACCAUUUCAAGACUUGAUUGAUAUGGCGAUGAUUUACAUGAACAAAAUUCCUCCCAAGGAUCUGGUUCGGAUUGCAUCGCGAUACCACGGCAGUGAAAGGGUCCAGGAUAUGAUGCGCCAAACACCCUGUGUUCACGUCUUUGAAGCCCCACCAGCAUACACUGUGCAGUCUACCGCGAAGGCGGACUGGUUGAUCCGUGAAGAAGUCUGUGAGCAGCAAUCACCGAGCAGAAACCUAAGGACACCAACCAAGAAUCAAACGGCCUUACCGAACACGGGUAAUCGAACUUUCAGUCUGGAUGACGGCAAUGUUAGGAGCCAGCUGUAUAUGAACUCGAAUUGCUUGGCUGCAGUGGCCUUGGGAUACGGACGCGGUGAUUUGACUCAGCAAAAGCGAAGGAAGCGCCAGCGACAACACAUUAAGCUGGUCGCUACCUGUGCUUUUACGGUUGUAGGUGUUGGUGUGGCUACGCAUUUUGGGAACUUUCAGUUGCCGUUGCUCCACAAGUAUGAUCCUCCAUCCCCCGAGAUUGAAACGCAUUUUGCUGACGUCAAGGAAAAUGUGGAUCAGAUGAACACUUAUAGAAAUUGCGAGGAAAAAAGCGUGUACCAAAGUGAAAGUUUUGUAAAGCCGCAACAAGCCAAAACAGCUCCACUUGCUGAAGCAGAGGCCCUGCGAGGCGAAAGCACCAGACACGAGGCUGACUCCAAAUUUGCCUUUCGGCCAAACAAGUACGCGGCAAAUCAGGCGGCCCGCUUAGUGGAGGAAACUCGAAGACUGUCCGACGAGCUGACGCUGCAAAUAAUAUUCUCCAUGAAGUCGUUCAAAGAAGAGACUCGGCGGCUUUCGGAAGAAAUACGUGUUGAAGCAAGUAGAUUCGGCCGAGAAGCGCGUUUGGCUAUCUUGAGUGAAAAUAGGCACAUCGAAGUAGUCAGGCAAGCGAAAGAUGAGGUUGUGCUUACGGAAGUUAAGCUUGAGGAGAAGAAGGAGGUUGAACGUAUUGCUAAAGCAAGACAUGGAGAACAAGGAAUGAAGGCCUUGACCAUCGAAGAGACACUUUUCGCUGACAAAGCUCAUGAAAGUGAGUGUAAGCAGCCGUUGGACCAGAAGCCUUUAAACUAUGAAGUCAUGGAGAGAGUGAAUCUUCUGGAAGAACGCUAUGUCAUUGAAGAAGCUCAGCUAGGUUUUCAACAAAAGAUUGGAAACAUCCAGCGCCUUUCGGACCGAGAGCGCUUCAAUGCUGAAGUGGCCGAUAGUACGCCGCUGAUGGAAAAGGUUGAGACCACUGUGAAAACAGAGAUAACUGACCAAAACUGGGCUGGAGAAGCUAAGAGACAGCAGGGACAAGUUGCUUUUGCUACCAGGAAAAGAAUAACGCGCAUACAAGCCUUGGCUACAGAGGAUACGAGUCUAAAAGCCGAAGAAAAACCUGUAGAAAGCACACGAUUACGGGACACAGAGUUGUUAUCAAAUAAAACCAAUAGGAAGUCGAGAGUUGAGAACGAAGCCAUGACAGAUGAAGACACUUCUGUAGCUCACAAAGAGACUUCCAAUCAAGAGAAAGUUGCUAUCGGCAAGCUAGUCGAAAGUGAUAGAGUCGCUAAGGGCGAGGAUGGCUUUCAAUUAGAAGCCGAAAUCAUGGGGGGACAAACAAGGCUAUUCGAAAAGCAAACUAUUCUUGCAGAUGCAAGUACCAAGAACGAGCAAUCAAUUUCCGAAAAAUCAACAGUUUGUCCCUUGGAGUUGACUGGUAGAGAAUCUCAAUGGCAGAAUGACGAUAUCACUGUGAAUUUUCCAAAAGGAGAAGCCGCCUUACAAUCAAGUAAUAGCAGAAACGAAAGGCUUGCAACCAAGAAGCACGAAGCUGAAGGACAAUUGUGGAAGUUCGUUGAAGCCAUGCGUCUUGAAAUCGGUUUUGUUUAUGAAAAGUUCCAACAAAAGCAAUGGAAAGACGUGUACAUCGCAGAGAAGAAUUUACCUGUGCAGAGGAUUGAAAAAAUAGGGGCGCAGCUAGAGAUUAUCCUGAGGAAAGUGAUAGUGAAGCACGAGAUUCCAGCUAUCGAUACAAGGAGCUAUUCUCAGAAAGGAUGUAUUAAUCGUUUGACCAAAGUUUUUAUGCAAUUUGGUCAACAUGAGGGUGCCCAUUUGUCUCGAAAGUUGCAAACCUUGGUAAAUGCGUCGGCAAAGGGAGUCGCAGCCUUAAAGAGCCUCGUGUGGUCAAAUCAAAUGGCAAAAGCGUUGCGAAUUGGACUGGUCCUUGGACUUGAUGUCAUGAUUUUAGUUGCAGCUAUUGCACUUUAA